CGCAGAUGGUGAAACCUAAAUGUGGCUGUGAUGUACGCGCGUAGGCGCGAUGCUGCUCGAAUUUCCCAGAUUCCGGAAACCUCACCGAGUUCCUUUUACAUCAGCCGUUUCUAUAUAACCAUGGAUCAAAUCCAGUAAAUGAAGAUAGUAAGAAAGUAUUAGAAUGGCCACAUCAACACUUCAUUCUCCAUUCAUUAAAGCUUCACCUGCUCCAAUGGCUGGUACAGGACUUUACAGUUUCCUACCAGAACAGCAACAGCAGUCUGAAAAUUCCUACGUCUCUCUUCCAACAGACUUACUGAACCCCAACCCGGAAACUUUUGUGCUGCCUUCUAUGAACACGAAUGUGGGCUCUUCUGGAACAUCCGAAGCAGAGGCUGCAUCCGCGGUGAUUCGCAGGAUGUGUCUUGAGGUUCCCAGCAUAUUCAAUGAGAACCAGAAACUAAAAGCCAAAGCAGUAAAGGACAAGCAAAGGAUGAGGAAGUACGCAGAGGACUUCGCAAAGCUAGAAUCCCAGCUUCCAAGCCUUCAAAGCAUGGACCAGACGAUAAAGGGAGUGGCGCUAUCACUGGAGGGUCGCAGCCGGAUGGAAGACAUGCUCGAAGUUGCUCUCGCUGGAGAGACUCGCGCCAAGAUCCAGCUCUCGAAUGCCCUUCGUCAGGCGCAUGCUUGGAGAGCAGCGUAUGACGACAUGGCACAAAGAGUUGCAAGUAUGCGCCUCUGUAGUCAUUGCUGUGGGGCUCGUGAUUCGAUUUGGCGAUAUUCACCUGUACAUAGAGAGGAUGAGGGAGAAGCGGUUGAUGAUGAAAGUGACAGCGAAGAUAGGACUGGAGUCGAAAUAGUGGAGAAAAACCAUCAAAACAAACGACGUAAGACGUCCUGAGUUUGGGUAGGCGAGAAUAAGGUUAUGGCGGUGCUUGUGGGAUUCCCAAUGGAUUUCUGGCGUUUUGGUGCUAUGGUAGUGUUCCUUUCACAAAAUCGCACAUCCUAACUUACCUCCCAUGAGAGCGAAA